CUUACUCCGUGUACCUUGACACUGAACACUGAAGGAAAACGAGCAGAGGAGCGAAACAUGGCGACCUCGAACAAUCCGCGGAAAUUCAGCGAGAAAAUCGCUUUACAUAACCAGAAGCAGGCGGAGGAGACCGCGGCGUUUGAAGAAGUGAUGAAGGACCUCAGCAUUACUCGGGCGGCGAGGUUACAGUUGCAGAAGACUAAUUAUUUGCAGCUUGGACAGAACCGAGGGCAGUACUAUGGAGGUUCUUUGCCAAAUGUCAAUCAGGUUGGAAACAGCACUGUUGACGUGCCUUUUCAGAAUUCAGGGCUUGACUCAAACAGAUCGACCCGCCACCACGGGCUGGUGGACAGAGUCUACCGGGACCGGAACCGCAUUGCAUCACCCAAUCGAAAAUCCAUGAUGAUCGACAAACAUGGACGGCAGAUUGACAGCUGUCCAUAUGGCUCAGUUUAUCUGUCACCUCCACCUGACACCAGCUGGAGAAGGACAAAUUCGGACUCAGCGUUGCACCAGAGCACAUUAACUCCGGCACAGCAGGCCUCCUUCAAUGGAGGAUCUCAGGAGCUCCAGCCAAAACGAGUUCUGUUGCUGACAGUACCGGGUUCUGGAACAGUUAAACAGGAGGUCCGUGAAGAUGGACAACAUCAGAACUGGGACUGUAAAAAGAACAUGUCGCAAUCCAAGCCCUGUCAAGUUCCUGGGAUCCACAUAUUCCCGACUCCGGACCAGCACCUGACCACAUCACUGAAACCAGCAGUCCAUAGCAGUGGCGGUUCUCUUCCUGACCUGACCACCAUCCAGUUCCCUCCUCCGCUGCCCACCCCGCUCGACUCGGAUGAUGCAUCUGCCUCCUCGUUCGGCCCGUCCAGCAACGCACAGACUCUGGCGAACACACAAGGAGCCAACAACACUCAGCCCACAGUAACCGUGGAAAUGCAGCCUGGGCAGGACGACAUGGUUCCUCUCGUCCUGAAUGCAGGAGAAUCCCACCAGCAACAGAACCUGCAGCUCUCCCCAACAUCUCCACCUCUCCCUCUGUCUCAGGCAGCCAUCAAUGCCAUGAACCUGGAGCAGCAGCUGUCCCAGUAUACCUUCUUCAACCAGCAGCAGCCAUCUCAGACACAACAGAACCAGCAAGCUUCCUCCCUGCAACAGUACCGGAGCAGGGUUGGAUCAUCUGCCAAUCAGUCUCCAACCUCUCCCAUCUCCAAUCAAGGCUUCUCACCUGGAGGCUCGCCUCAACAUAACUCCAUACUGGGCAGUGUGUUUGCAGACUUCUAUGACCAACAGCUGCCGUCCAUUCAAGCCAGCGCUCUCUCACAGCAGUUGGAGCAGUUCAACAUGAUGGAGACCCCCAUCAGUUCUGACAGCCUGUUUAACCAGACCUCCACCCUCAACUAUUCCCAGGCUCUUAUGAUGGGUUUGACUGGCCAUUGCAACAUACAAGAUGCACAGCAGCUGGGAUACAGUAGCCAUUGCAACAUCCCCAACAUCAUUCUCACAGUGAGCGGUGAGUCUCCACCCAGCCUCCCCAAGGAUCUGGCCGGCUCGCUGUCCACCGACAUCAGCUUCGAUGUGGACUCCCAGUUCCCGCUGGACGAUCUGAAAAUCGACCCGCUGACGCUGGACGGCCUGCACAUGCUGAAUGACCCGGACAUGAUCCUGGCCGACCCUGCCACUGAGGAUGCGUUUCGCCUCGAUCGGUUGUAACCGGCUAUACUCAACAUGCUCGUGCACAAGUGUGUGAACUCUGCUGAGGAGAAGACAUCUGGAGUGGGAUGUUCAGGGGCCUUGUCUGGCUAGAGAUCAUCUUAAAAGAGGCCAUUGUAGGAAAUCAAAAUGUUUAAAGACUGCUGCCAAGUCCCCGUUAAGGUAUGGAACUUCUACUUCUGAGAAAGAAACAUCCAGUUUGGUUAAUUCAGACCAGUGGUUCCCAACCUGUUUUCCUCGAGGACCCCCUUCAUGCAAAUACUAAAUGCCAUGGACACUCCACCCCACCCGUACUGAAACCAUGCUGGUUUUAUGCUUUCAAAAAGAAGAUUCUCACCACAAACACUGUAUUCUGGCUGAGCCCUGACAUUCCAUAAAGCCAAAGUUAAGUUAGCAACAUACAGACAUAAUUUUUUCUUAAAAUCGGGACAGUGUGUGGACAUUAAUCGCAAUGGCUCUAAACGUUCAAAGCUGCACUUUUUUGGCGGACCCCAGGUUGGGAACCACUGUUCUAGAUUCCUAGUACUCAUUUCAGUAAGCUUGAUGAGGAAGACACUGAUGAUUUAUUCCUUUUAAAUAACUAAACUAUAUCUGCAGAGAAUCCUAUAAGAAAUUCCAGGACACAUGAAAUACCUCUUCCUGCGAGGCAAGCUAGCUGUUCUCAGCUUGGAUAUAUCUUUCGUGCUGUUAUCUGGAUGGUUUGUAAAAUAUGCCCCAAUGAGGCAGUGACUCAUAAUUUGACAGCCUAAUUUAUUUUUAGGAAAUGCUGAAUUUUGAUUUUAUUGUGGGAAACAGGCGUCAUCAGUUAUGCAUGAAAACAUAAAUCACUGUGGAAACUUGUUUUGCCUUAAUAGCUUAACGUUUUGGUUUUCAUGCAAAGAGAAAUAUGUAAAAGAGGGAAAAAUAUGAAUUAAGCAAUUUUUUAUUUACUUGCAGUUUGUUUGGCGUGCAUUGUUCAUUGUUAUGAUGACACUACCAUAUCGGUUCCCAUGUUCAUUCACACAACUGAAAUGGGAGGAAGUGAGGUCUAUGUAAUGAUCCAGAUGUUUACAACCUUGUUUUGUAUUUUACAUGUACACAAUGUGGUUGGAGUUUGCGUAAUUAUAUCUAUGCAAAACUACAAUGAUUAAUAGGACUGUAAAACAAGGGAUACAUGUAUAAAUGGGAGAAUACUUAUCAGAUCCCCUGCUGUUUUUGCAAGCUCACCUCCUUACACAGACAUGAACUGUCCAUCAUUCAACGGUAGAUUCCUUGUAACAGAUACAGAAUAUCAACAAAAAAACCAAAAAAACUAAAGUAAUGACAGUUUAAAGAUCUAUUUGUAUGUAUGUGAAAGAGUAAAUGUGACUCAGUAUUUGGUGGAGAAACUCUUCUUGCUCCUCUUUACAGAUACUCUCCAGUCAUUUGGCAAUGUGACGUAUCGUUUCCCACCACAGUUUUCUCCUGGACAAAACCCGACGACCACGGCUGCCUCGCAUAUUUACUGUUUGUUUAAAGCAUCAUUUGUGCCAAGGGUUGACUACGUCCAGCCUAAUAAGUUGCUGUUUUCUUUUUUGCAAAAAGACUAACACAAAAAAACUAAUGAACACAAGCUUGAACGGGUAUAAUCUCAGAUUUUAAUCUAAAUAUGCAGCUCAUGUUGACACGUUGAUGCAGUAUGCUGGUGAGACUGUUUCAAAAUCAUUUAUACAUUUCAACACUUAGUAGUUAAUAUCUUGUUAUGUAUCCUUACACACAUGCAACUUCGCAUUUGAAUAAACCUCAAAAUAAAUGACAACAGUCUGGAUAUUUAUAGCAGUUAACAAGCAGAUUGCAAAUUCAAAAGAGAAGAAAGAGAUCAUGACUCCCAUGUCUUCUUUUCCACGGAUUCUUUUUGCUGCUCCGGACUGACUCCAGCAUGAUUUUGUCCUUUUGCACAGCCAGAGAAAAGUCCUUGCUUGACAUGUCACAGUCCGUUAUGUGAAGUCCAUAUUGGAUCUGUUCAGUGCUGCAUCUGUUUCUAGAAUCUGACCAUUUCUUGGUCAUUAAAGAGAAAAGCCUCAACAAAAGCAUUUGAGCCUCGCACACUUAGGACAAAUCAGGGCAAAUGAGACAAUCUCGAACAUGGUCGGGUUGGCUUUGCCUGGGUUUGAAAAAUUGCCAUCCACUUCUUGCCGGUAAGGACACAACUCCUCAUCAAGUUGAUCCAUGUUGGUGGUCAUUUUCAGGAUGUCACACCUGCUCCAGGUGAGUGAAGGUGAGCUUCUCGUAGAGUCCAGUAGGCUUCAGUUUCAGCAGUCAAUAAGUAAAGACAGUGUCAUAGAACUUCAGAAAGUCCUGUUGUACUUUGAUUUUUGUUUGCUUUGUUUCUCCACCAGCUGCUGGUCUGAUAUCCAAAGAAGCUGUCCUGUUUUGGUUACAGUAUCUUAGUUUAGCUUCUGCACUUUAUAGACGUCUGUGAUGCAGAGCUUUGUUUCCUCCAAAACCACACCCAUGUUGUGAAAGAAACACAGUUAAAUCUCUGCUGCAUCUGUUUUUUCUUCAUCCUAAAACUCCUUAGAGCUACAGGAUAGGUCUCCCCGAGUGACCUGAAGUAAGAGGUGGGAGCUGGCCACCUUUCAACGGCUGGAUGAAGCUAUCGGGUUCAAAUGUGAUGCAGAAUUUCAUGCCACUCGAUGUCACACACUAAAACCAUCUUUCCUUUGUUCGAGGCACCUGAUGCUACAGAAAAACACACGGGCUCAGCUUCUUGUGGAGACAGAUCAUCCAAAAUAUUCUGCCAUGUUGGGUCGCAGCACAUUCGUUGUGAUCAUCUCUGCUUUCAUUCGGCAAAAGUGAAUCUUUUUCACCACAUUUGAAUCACUUAAUAACUACGUAGCUGCACUACAUAGUGACUCAAUCUCUUGGCAAUUCGGACACAAGCUGCCUAUUUUUUCCUCGCUGCAAGCCACGUGACUACCGCUGUCACCACGGCAACCACAAUGCACGUCAAGAUGUCAUUCCAAA